AAUCUGUACUCUCAAUUCAAUAACAAAUAACAAUAAUGAAUAUCAAUAUUUAUUAUUUAUUUACCUCUAAUUAUUAGAAUUUUAUAAAGCGAAUCAGAUUAUUUUUCUUGGUACCGUAUUGGCAUUGUAUAAGGACAAUGGUAUUGGUAUUCAAAAUAAGUAAUGAGAAAGUAGAAAUGAACCAUUGUAGACUGACGGAAUUUUUUGAAAAAUAAAAUAUGAAGGAUUCCUUUGCAAAUGACCUAAGUGAUCCUAAUUUCCAAGCGAAUUCAUCUGAUAAAGACUGCGGUUUGAAUCAAGAUGUUGUACCUGUAAUGAAGAGCCCACCUUAUGAAACGUUCUUUCAAUAUCACAUGAUGAGAAAUCUUCCAUGUCUCAUUCAAAGAGUGGGAAGAGAGUGGAAGUCUACCAAAGCUUGGUGUAAAAAUGGGGUACCAAAUUUUGAAUACCUUAAGAAUAAAUAUGGUGAGUCAGUAAUAACGGUCUAUCACUGUGAUGAAAAGUUUUUUGAUUCUCAUAAAACUUCAACUAUGAAAUUCAAAGAAUAUGUGGAUUAUUGGAAAGAGUAUAGCGCAGCAGAAGACAAGAAAGGAAUGGAAUUAUUGUAUCUGAAGGAUUGGCACUUGAAGAAUGAAUAUAAAGAUGAUGAUUUCUAUGAAGUCCCACAGUAUUUUUCAUCCGAUUGGUUGAAUGAAUAUUUAAUAGCCAAUUCAAAGGAUGAUUAUAGAUUUGUUUACAUGGGUCCUACUGGAUCAUGGACACCACUACAUAAAGAUGUAAUGGACACCUUCAGCUGGUCCGUGAAUAUAUGUGGUUUAAAGAAGUGGAUUUUAUUCCCACCUGGACAAGAAACUCACUUGAUCAAUGAAUUUGGCCAACUUCCCCAUAGUAUUGAACACCUGCCAAAAAAUAUUAAAUAUUUCAUAGUAAUGCAACAUCCAGGUGAUGCCCUAUUUGUGCCUUCGAAGUGGUAUCAUCAAGUCUGGAAUUUAGCAGAUACCAUAUCAAUCAACCACAAUUGGGUGAAUGCAACUAAUAUCCACCAUAUGAAAUCAAACAUUCUUCAGGGAUUGAUGGAAAUACAGAAAGAAUUACAACACUUGUCAAGUGAUGAAAAUUUCCAUACGGAGUGCCAAAAAAUUUUGAAAUGUCACGUAGGAAUAAACUGUAGGGACUUCAACGAAUUCAUAAGUUUUAUCGCUUCUAGAAGAAUCCAAGGAUAUGAAAAAAAUCUUGAUAAUGUUCAUGUGAAAACUAUGCUCGUGUAUGAACUGGAACAAAUUCAAAAAGUCUUAACUCAGGGCACUUCCAAGGAAGAUGAAGAAUUAGAAGAACUAAGGACUCAAAUAGAAUCUAUUUUAAAUUGUUAAAUUGACAUGAAAGAUUAUAUAAAAUGUUGAAUAAAGCUUUCUAUUUUGAAAUAA